GUCACGCUCGGUUCUGGUGCUGCGCAGUUCAGGAGAAAUGUGGACGCGCUGGAAUUUUCCACUGUUUAACUUUCAGAACAGCGAUUUACUGAGUCCGAACAGAACCGCUAUCAGCUUCCGAACCGCGGGACUGUGAUCAGCGGAACCGGGCGGGCAGGAGAGUAACCGGAGUGUAGCGCUGCGGGACCGGGUUCUGGAGUUUCUGGAGGUUCUGGAGUUUCUGGAGGUUCUGGGAGCGGCUGGGUUUACUGGGCGGAACUCGAGGAUGGAGUUCGGGGCUCUGGGUUCUGCUGGGCUCGCGGUUCCGGGCAGUAAUGUUCCAGCUUUCCUCACCAAACUGUGGACCCUGGUGGAGGAUCCGGAGACCGACCCGCUGAUAUGCUGGAGUCCGCACGGAAAUAGCUUCCAUGUGUUCGACCAGGGCAGGUUCUCCAAAGAGGUUCUUCCCAAGUAUUUCAAGCACAAUAACAUGGCGAGCUUCGUUCGGCAGCUCAACAUGUAUGGUUUUCGGAAAGUGGUCCACAUCGAGCACGGCGGAUUGGUGAAGCCGGAGAAAGAUGAUACGGAGUUCCAGCAUCCUUUCUUUGUUCGUGGACAGGAGCACCUACUGGAGAACAUAAAGAGGAAGGUGGCGGCGGUGUCGAAUAUAAAGCAUGAGGAUCUGAAGCUGAGUCCGGAGGACGUGACGAAGAUGAUCACGGAUGUUCAUCACAUGAAGGGGAAGCAGGAGAGCAUGGACUCCAAAAUCAGCACCCUCAAACAUGAGAAUGAAGCUCUGUGGAGGGAGGUUGCCAGUCUGAGACAGAAACACGCCCAGCAGCAGAAAGUCGUCAAUAAGCUGAUCCAGUUCCUCAUCACUCUCGCCCGCACCAACAGAGUUCUGGGAGUGAAGAGAAAGAUGCCUCUGAUGCUGAAUGAUGGUAGUUCUGGUCACUCGAUGCCUAAAUACAGUCGUCAGUAUUCUCUGGAGCGUUCUCCUUCUCUCUCUCCCACCGUCCCGACCUUCACUGGAUCCGGGAUCUUCUCCUCCGGCUCCCCCGUAAAGACCGGCCCCAUCAUCUCCGACAUCACCGACCUCGCCCAGACCAGCCCCGCCAGCACCGAGGACUGGACCGAGGACCGAACCAGCCCAUUGGUGCACAUCAAGGAGGAGCCGUCAAGCCCCGCCCACUGUCCCGAGAUAGAGGAAGUGUGUCCUGUGGAGGUGGAAGUAGGGGCGGGAUCCAGUGUACCUGCAGACACGCCCCUCUCCCCCACCACCUUCAUCAACUCCAUCCUACAGGAGAGCGAGACCACGCCUACCCCGACUCCGCCCCCUGCCGUUCACAAGUGCUUAAGUCUGGCAUGCCUGGACAAUUCCUCCCAGACGUCUGAGGUCUCUCGCCUUUUCCCCAGCCUCUCCUCGUCUCCUCACCUCAGACCAGGAGCUGAGCUGAGUGAUCACCUGGACAACAUCGACAACGGCUUAGAAAACCUCCAAACCAUCCUCAACGCUCAGUCCAUCAACUUCGAUUCUUCUCCUUUCUUUGAUAUCUUUACUGGAAACUCUGUCUCUGACUUUGACCUGGACAGUCUGGCGAGUAUUCAAGAAUUACUCUCACCAGAACCCGCCAGGGAGACGGACUCUAGUGCGAACACCACCAAAUCAGGAAAGCAGCUGGUUCAAUACACGUCUCAGCCGGUGGUCCUGCCCGACCCCGCCCCCACCGACCCCGGGGAGGACCUGCCCAUCCUGCUGGAGCUGGAGGGGGACUCUUAUUUUGACCCGGAACCUGCAGAGGACCCGACCAUCUCCCUCCUGACCCCCGACUACCAAUCAGCAGCCGGCGAGCCCACGCUCUAACCCCAGCAGCGCUAUAAAGGGAUUUACUCCUGAAUUUUACUUUUAUUUUACUUUUAUUUCUGUCAUAAACACUCUACACCGUAACCCACCACCUGCCAGAACAUUAGGAACACCUCUCUCCCCUCGCUGUUCUUCAGAUCUACAGCUGCGAUUAGAUACAGGUUAAAACUCCAAUCAGCUUCACACUGACCAGAUACCUGAGAUACAACAGAUCAGGACUGCAGCAGAUCUAUAAAUAAUGAGUCUGUGUUUUAUAUCAGGUUACAGAGGGGUUUGAACCCCAGUAUUGAUCAGUGGAUCUGUGUUUUCUGAAUGAUGGAGCUCCGUAUGAUUAAGUUUAGGAUAAUGAGUUGAGGAUGAAGAUGAGGGCAGGUGAUGAUGAUCAUCCAUCCUGACCUCACUGAUGGUGCGAGACCACCGCCACUUUUCUUCAACACGUUCCGCCAUGGCGUGUGUGGGUGUGUCCCCGUCCGUGUGGGCGUGUCCAUAACAUUUGUAAAUUUAAAUCAUAGGUUAAAGAUUUUUAAUUUGUAAUUAAUCUCACUGUGAUCUAUAGUUAUAUUUAUAAAUCCAUGUUCAGCUGUUUUAGAUUCUCCUCUGUGUUUAAAAGGUGGCUGUUCUCUCUGUGUGUACGAAGUCACAGCCUGCUCUUUCCUGAUUGGCCGGACGCAGUGCAGAGGGCGGAUUCAUUUGAAUAAAGUUGAGCUGAACUUUUUUGCCGGAGGGCAGGGCUGUGCUCAGCGUAUCCCAGCAUGCACUGCGGCAUCCAGCAGCUCUCUCUAUUAAAAUGAACAGGAAGUGUUGAGGUUUAAGUGCUGGUGGACACUGAGCUCUUUACUGAAUGUAGUCCAUCAGAUCCUCACAGCAACGUUUUACUCUAGAAUCUGGUAUAAUGUUUUAUGUAGACAGUAGAAACAGUUACUCCAACAAAAUCAGGAAGAACUCUUUAAAUUCCCAUCAUUUCAGAAGAAACAAUGAGUGAUCAGGUGUCCCGUUACUUUUGGCCAGUGUUGACUGAUUGGAGCUUUAACUGGUGUAAUAAAGAAGUCUGUGUAGAAACACUUAUUGAUUAUUGAUCGGUGUUCUCCAGGCGCUACAGGAAGUGGAUUAAAGUGAUUAACGUAAUAAAUUUAGUAGGAAGGCGUUUCUCACGUAACUUUAUUCCCUCCAUCCAGAUUCAGCAUUUCCAUAAUUAUACAACCAAUCACUGCUGGAGGAACCAGAACCCAGGUUCUGAUGAUGAUUAAUAGAAAUGAUCCAGUAUUAUUUGGAUUAAAGUGGUGAAGAGUGAAAUGUUCUGUAAGGGUUCGGUUCUGGAGUUGAUUCAGGUUCUGUUCACACAGAGAAUCGUUUAUUCAGAUGGAAAAAUAUUGAUGUGAUUUUUAACGUUGUUAAACGAGGCUGAAACUCCACAGCUCUGCACAUGAAUAAAAACAUUAAUAAACAAUUUAUCAACACAUUGAUUUAUUCAGGCUAUUAAAGGGCUUUUCCUUCUUUAGUGAACACAGUGAUCAAUAGUGAUCAAUAGUGAUCAAUAGUGAUCAAUAGUGAGUCCAGCGCACUCUGUAGAGCACGAUUAGGGGUGGGACAAAAUAUCCAUAUCACGAUUAUAUUAUAUAGUUUUAGUUUGUGAUCGAUAGUUGAUUAUUGAUAUGCCAAAUAUGAAUAUUUGUAUUGAAAUAAAAGCCCCGCCCCCAAUUACACUUACUCAAGCUAUGCUUCAUCACUCCACAUGGUGGCGCUAUGAUCAGGUGAACAGGGUUAAUUACAGGUUAAUUCUGAUUGAAACUGAAACUCCAGUAAAUCAGUAAUUCCUGUAUUAACGGGUUAUUGAUUUCUGACUCCGCCCACAUGCUGGGUUAGUUUGAUCUGCAGCAGUGAUGAAGCAGCUCUGAUUGGUGGGUUUAAUUUAAUACAGAAAACAGAGCAGAGAUUAGACUGAAUAAACUGAUAUUAAACACCUGAUUUUAUUUCUUCAUCUGUACAAAUCAGACUCUGUGUGAACGAGAAAUAAUUUCAUUUAACUCUUUAAUAUAUAAAAGGGUUUUACAAACUAAACCUCCUGAAGAUUCAUCACCUUCAUCCACGUCUUUAUCUCAGCUUUAUUUUCUUUUAAUUUCAGAUAUUAUUAUUAUUAUUAUUAUUAUGUUAAUUUGCUGCGUCUGUUUGUGAUGCUGUUAUCUCCUGAAAACUGAGGUUUUAAAAAGCUAAUAUAUAUAUAUAUAUUAUAAUUAACUCAUCUGAACAGAGAGAUCCAACACUCGGUCCUGCUCUCCUGCUGCUGUGAUCUACAGGACGUUCUGCAGGACUGUCCUGAGAGGUUUCUGCCAUGGAUUAUUGAUUAUUAUUAAAGUCAUAUUGAGCUGAAUUACAGCAGUAAAUCUGUACUUCUAUAGAAACUCAAAACUGACCCUGCUCUGAAACAUGCCACUACUAGGUCCUGUCCCAUGACUUUUGGCAUGUCAGUAUAUGUUUCAGAAGAGUCCGUUUUGAAUCCGCUCAGAUCUGUAGUUUAAAGUGCAGAAAAUGUUUUAGAUUUUUUUUCUCCCUCAUGGAAAAAUCUGAUAAUAAUUUACAGUUUGAGUCAUUUUGGAUUAUGGUUUUAUUUUAAAGCAGUUUGAGUAGCCGUGCAUGAGCUGUGUUGUUUUUUUGUUUUGUAUGAACGCGUGUGCAGAGUGAUAGAGGUGUGUUCUGAGUAAAGUUUUAAUUUUAAUUUGUUUUAUUUUAUUUUAUUUGUUUGCUCUGAUCUGUGUACUCACGGCGCCCCCUGGUGGCUGUUAUCGGUCAGGCUUUGUUUCUCUUGAAGCAAGGAGAGCAAUAUUGUGUGGUGAGAGCAGGAAUUAUAUAUAUAUAUAAUAUAUUAUAAAUAUAUAUAUAUAUAUAGUUGGUCAUUUCUAAUAUUACAAUUAUUAUUUAGUCAGUAGAGAUCUGUAAUGGAGACACAACUAAAUUAUUUUGUUACGCAUGUGAACACUUUGUGUAUCGGUAUGUUUAAAUAAAGAUAUGUUUUUGAAAGUUA